GGAUGUGGAGCCUGCGAGCAAACACUCCACACCCGUCGGAAAGCAUCGGAGAAGGAGGAGAAGAUGAAAUGUUUUUCUCGAUACCUUCCGUACAUCUUCCGGCCGCCGAGCACCAUCCUAUCGUCCACUUGCCACACCGAAGCUGACAUUAUCUCCACUGUGGAGUUUAACUCAUCGGGGGAGCUGUUGGCCACUGGGGAUAAAGGAGGCCGAGUUGUUGUCUUCCAGAGAGAGCAGGAGAGUAAAAGUCAGCCCCAGCGUCGAGGGGAGUACAAUGUUUACAGCACAUUCCAGAGCCACGAGCCAGAGUUUGACUACCUUAAAAGUUUGGAAAUAGAGGAGAAGAUCAACAAGAUCAAAUGGCUUCCACAGCAGAACGCCGCCUACUUCUUGCUCUCAACAAAUGACAAGACGGUGAAGCUGUGGAAGAUCAGCGAGAGAGACAAACGGCCAGAGGGCUACAACCUUAAGGAUGACGAUGGCCGCAUCAGAGACCCGUCCACCAUCACGUCUCUACGAGUGCCGGUGCUGCAACCGAUGGAUUUGAUGGUUGAAGCCACAGCCAGACGAGUGUUCAGUAACGCCCACACCUACCACAUCAACUCCAUCUCUGUGAACUCCGACCUCCAGACCUUCAUCUCCACCGAUGACCUCCGAGUGAACCUGUGGAAUCUGGAGAUCACUGACCGUAGCUUCAACAUUGUGGAUAUAAAGCCAGCCAAUAUGGAGGAGCUGACUGAAGUGAUCACCUCAGCAGAGUUCCAUCCCCAACAGUGUCAGACUUUCGCAUACAGCAGCAGCAAGGGCUCAAUAAGACUGUGUGACAUGAGGCAGGCUGCGCUAUGCGACAAGCACUGUAAAUACUUUGAGGAGCCGGAGGAUCCCGCCACUCGCUCUUUUUUCUCCGAAAUCAUCUCGUCCAUUUCCGAUGUGAAGUUUAGCCACAACGGACGCUACUUGAUGACAAGGGACUACCUCACUGUUAAAGUGUGGGAUCUGCAAAUGGAGAAUAAGCCACUCGAGACAUACCAGGUCCACGACUACUUACGGGGCAAACUUUGCUCACUUUAUGAGAACGACUGCAUCUUUGACAAGUUUGAGUGUGUCUGGAAUGGUUCAGACAGUGUCAUAAUGACCGGCUCCUACAACAACUUCUUUCGAAUGUUCGAUCGGAACACCAAACGGGAUGUCACACUGGAAGCGUCCAGAGAGAACAGCAAACCCCGAGCCAUUCUCAAACCUCGCAAGGUGUGCGUGGGCGGCAAACGCAGAAAGGACGAGAUCAGCGUGGACAGCUUAGACUUCAGUAAGAAGAUCCUUCACACGACGUGGCACCCGCACGAGAACAUCAUCGCCGUCGCGGCCACCAACAAUCUUUACAUAUUCCAAGACAAGGUCAACUGA